AUGUCGACCGAGAUGGAAGUCGAUCCUCCCGUCGCACUCGACGAUGCUCCCGAGCAGCCUGAUCGCAGUUUUGAGCCACGCACCCAGGGAAACGCAGUUGCUGUGCGCAGUAUCGAGGGUUGGAUUAUCAUUGUGUCUAAUAUUCACGAAGAAGCAUCAGAGGAGGAUGUCACUGAGCUCUUUGCGGAGUACGGAGAAAUCAAAAACUUCAGUUUGAACCUCGAUCGCCGAACCGGUUACGUCAAGGGAUACGCAUUAAUUGAAUACUCCACUCUCCCCGAAGCCAGCGAGGCUAUCCAAAAUCUCAACGGCCACAAGCUCCUAGAUCAGACCCUUCGCGUCGACUACGCUUUCGUGCGCCCACCCCCAUCUAGCAAGAGCAAGAAUGGUGCACCAAAGGGCCGGGCUGGCCGGAAUCGCAGCCGCAGCCCCAACCGAAGCCGCAGCCCUGAGGCUGGCGGUGACCGGGACUGA